AUGAUAGCUACCUCAGAAAAUUCCCACCACUGGACAACUUUUCUUGUUCUGCUUAUCCUUCCAAUGACCAUAGUUCAACCAUUUUCCUUCAGCAUAACUAACUUUGAAGACUCUGAAAGUGCAGCCCUAGUUGGAUACGCUGGCGUAGCCAAGAUUGUGAACGGAACCAUACUACUCAACUCACUCACCUACAGUGGAGUUGGAAGAGCAAUCUAUGGCCAACCAAUACACCUCAAAAACUCUUCUAACCAACGAGUCACCGAUUUUUCAACUCGUUUUUCGUUCACUAUCCAAUCCCCUAACUCCAUUUACGGUGAUGGCUUUGCCUUCUACGUUGCACCUCUUGCCUACCAGAUUCCGAAAACCGACUUAGCUGGUGUCCGUCUCGGCCUAUACGAUGAAAACAUACCCAUAGUUGCUGUCGAAUUUGACACUUUUAUAAACGAAUUAGACCCACCAUUGCAGCACGUAGGGAUCAACAAUGGCUCUGUGGUAUCUCUCAAUUAUACCAAGUUUGAUAUCGAGAGCAACAAAGGGAACAUGGGGCAUGCGUUGAUAACCUACAACGCUUCUGCCAAACUCCUUGCUGUUUCGUGGUUCUUUGAGAGAACCAGUUCCGCUUCUACGCCUAACGCUUAUCUUUCCUACCAGAUCGACCUAGCGGAACUUCUACCGGAGUGGGUCGCUCUUGGUUUUUCAGGUUCAACCGGGUCGUCCAUUGAGGAAAACGUCAUCCAUUCCUGGGAAUUCAGUUCUAGUCUGGAUCUAACCAUUUCCCCAGCAAACGAAGAAAAUGUGAUCGCAACAAAAUACAAGGGUCGGAGAAAAGUAGUGGUUGUUGCAGUGAUUUGGUGUACUAUUUUUGUGAUCGUGGUUGUUGGUGUUACGUGUUGGAUGAUGAAGAAGAGAAGAAACGAGGAUGGAUUUGGUUUUGACAGAGAAGCUAUGCCUAGAAGGUUUGGUUAUGACGAGUUAGUUGCAGCCACGAACGGGUUUGCAGAUGAUAGAAGGGUUGGAGGAGAAGGUGGGCAUGGAGAAGUUUACAAAGGAUUUGUGAGUGAUUUAGGACGCGUGGUGGCGGUGAAAAGGGUUUGUUCAGACGUGGAAGAUUCGGAGGGAAUAUUUAGAAACGAGGUGAAGAUCAUAAGCCGACUUAUACAUAAAAACCUGGUGCAGUUGAUCGGGUGGUGCGAGGAGGAAGGGGAGUUAUUGAUAGUUAUGGAGUACUUAGAUAAUGGAAGCCUUGAGACUCAUCUGUUUGGGAACAGAAGGAGUUUGAAAUGGGGUGUGAGAUACAAUAUAGCGUUAGGUGUGGCUAGGGCACUGCGUUAUCUUCAUGAAGAGGUGGAGCAGUGUGUUGUUCAUAGAGACAUAAAGUCAAGUAAUGUUUUGUUAGACACAGAUUUCAACACUAAGGUUAGUGAUUUUGGGAUAGCAAAGUUGGUGGAUCCGAGAUUGAGGACUCAGAGGACAAAGGUGGUGGGGACAUAUGGGUACCUAGCUCCAGAAUAUGUAAAGGAAGGGAGGGUUAGCAAAGAAUCAGACAUAUACAGUUUUGGGGUUUUGGCUUUGGAGAUAGCAUGUGGAAGGAGGAGUUAUGAUGAUGUGGGUUUGAUGAAUUGGGUGUGGAAACAUUAUGUGGAUGGGAAGAUUUUGAAUGGUGCUGAUGAGAAAAUGAAGAGGGAUUUUGAUGUGAGUGAAAUGAGAUGCUUGCUCACUGUGGGACUAUGGUGUACCCUACAAGACCAUAAGGAAAGACCAACAGCAGAACAGGUUAUUAAUGUUCUUCAACAAAAAGUGUCACUGCCAAUCCUGUCUACUAAACAUGCAUGA